GAUUGCUUUUCAUGAAAUCCGAAUUUCAAGAAAAGAAAAUUAGGAAUUUAAUUAAAAUUUUAAUUUUUUUGUUCAAACCCAAAUGAGAACCAGGCGGGUUCCGGAAGGAAUUGCUUGAAACUCUCUCUACGGCUCCACCUACCUGAACCAAAUUUUGAAAAUUUUCCGUUCUUCACAGAAGCUUCAAGCAACAACAACAACAAAUUAACUGAGCUUUCUCUCUCUUCUUUCUCUCUCUUCUUUCAGUUCUUUCAGUUCUUUUUUGGGUUUUUUCGAAACAGAGUGAGAGAGAGAGAAAAAAAACUAGAGCGAAACAACCAAAACUGCUUCUGUAUCUUCCAUACCCUUCAUUUUUUCUGUUCUUCUGUUAAUGGAGGGUUGUUGCUUAACGGAAUUAGCCUCGUUUCCAAUACCUAUGGCUGUUGCAGAGUUUGUUUUCGGCGAUUGUUCUCUGUUUUUUGUUCUAAAGUGAUUCGAGUUUUAUAUUACCUUCGAUUUCUUACUUUCUUUUUCACUUGCUUUUCGAAUUCUAGAAUCUGGGUGUGUAAGAACUCUUAUAUGCCUGUUUGAUUUUGGUGGGUUUUCAGUGUAUUGAACUUGGGGGUUUUGUUUUGGGUUGAAUUCUGUGAGUUUUUGGCGUUUUAAGUAGUGGGGUUUUGUCAAAAUGAUGUUAUCUGCAUCGCCAUCGACGAUAGUUCGAAGCUCACUGGAGGAAAUGCUUGAUUCUCUUCGACGAAGGGAUGAGAUUGAGAUGCCUAAAGACUUGCCGCCGGCAUUGCCGUCUCGGCCUACUUCCAAGGCUCGGAUUCCACCGCUGCGGCGGGCUUUACCCGUUAAUUUCAAGGUUAAUGGCGACGGUUCCUCUGAGUGCUGUAUUAAUGGUUUCAAUGGAAGGGAAGAUCCAUUGAGGAAGGAGAAUGGUCUGGCUAACUUUGCAUUAAGGAGAGUGAAAAGAGAUCAAGGCGAUGAAUCGCCUUACUUGGUUGCUUCAGAGAAGGAUAAUGAAGAUCAAGUGAAUGGUCCGUAUGGUUCUUAUCCAGAAGGGUCUAACUGGGAGGAGAUUAUCAGCUAUUUUCUCCAGAAGAAACUCCGGGUUUGGUGUCAAAUUUCAUCUGGACAAUGGGAGUUAGGAACUAUACAAUCAAACAGUGGGGCUGAGGCAUCUGUCAUGCUCUCAAACAAUAAGGUUAUUAAAGUUUCGACGGUAGAUCUUUUACCUACGAAUCCCGAUAUCGUGGAGGGGGUUGAUGAUCUUGUACAGCUUGGUUAUUUGAACGAGCCCUCGGUUGUUAACAGUCUUCAGCAACGAUUUUCUCGAGAUGAAAUUUAUUGUAAUGCAGGGUCAGUUUUGAUUGCUGUUAAUCCCUUGAAAGACACUAAACAGUAUGGAGAUGGAUUGAUUACAGCUUAUAGAGAGAGAGUCAUGAAUGACCCUCAUGUUUAUGCUGUAGCAGAUGCUGCCUAUUCUGGGGUGAUGCAAGAUGAAGUUAAUCAAUCUAUUAUCAUCAGUGGUGAAAGUGGAGCAGGAAAAACUGAGACAGCAAAAGCUGCACUUCAGUACCUGACUGCUCUUGGCGGUGGCAGUGGCAUAGUUGAUAGAAUCCCACGGGCUAACGUUAUCCUCGAAGCAUUUGGGAAUGCUAAAACCUCCAGAAACAACAAUGCCAGCAGAUUUGGGAAGCUGAUUGAAAUUCUUUUUAGCAGAACAGGGAAGAUAUGUGGUGCUGUAAUCCAGACAUUUCUGUUGGAAAAGUCGAGAGUUGUUCAGCUGGUCAAUGGCGAGAGAUCGUUCCAUAUCUUCUAUCAACUUUGUGCUGGAGCGCCAUCUACACUUAAAGAGAAAUUGAAUAUCAGAAUGGCCAGUGAGUACAGUUACCUUAAUCACAGUGAAUGCCUCGUGAUCGGUAGUGUGGACGAUGCACAGAAAUUUCAUGUUCUUGUGGAAGCCUUAGAUAUGCUUCAAUUCACAAAAGAAGAUCAAGAGCAUGCAUUUCGUUUGCUUGCUGCAGUUUUGUGGAUAGGGAACAUUACGUUUCAAACGAUUAAUAGUGAAAAUCAUGUGGAGGUCGUCAUGGCUAAUGAAGCGAUCGCAAACGCUGCCGAGCUGAUGGGUUGCAGUCCUAAUGAGCUUAAGUUAGUUUUGUCAACUCCAACAUGCAAUCGGACAUUACGACAGGCAACCGAUGCAAGAGAUGCAUUGGCAAAAUUCAUUUAUGCAAGCUUGUUUGACUGGCUUGUAGAACAGAUCAAUAAGUCACUUAAACCAAGAAGGGAGCACUCUGGAAGAUCCAUAAAUAUCCUCGACUUCUAUGGGUUUGAGUCACUUAAGAAGAACGGCUUCGAACAGUUUUGUAUCAAUUAUGCAAACGAAAGACUGCAGCAGCAUUUUAUUCGGCACCUGUUCAAACUUCAGCAGGAGGACUACGAAUUUAAUGGGGUCGAUAGCACCAAACUCAACUUCAAAGACAAUCAAGAGUGUUUGAAUCUUAUCGAGAAGAAACCUAUCGGAGUUCUAGCUUUGUUGGACGAAGAGUUGAGUUUUCCCAAGGCUACAGAUCUGACAUUUGCUAAUAAACUAAAGCAACACUUCAAAUCUCAUCCUCGCUUUAAAGGCGAGAGAGGCAGGGCUUUUGGCGUUCGCCAUUAUGCUGGAGAGGUUGUAUACGAUACCAAUGGGUUUUUGGAAAAGAAUAGAGAUAUGCUGCAUUCAGAUUCCAUCCAACUCUUUUCAUCAUGUUCUUGCAAGCUACUGCAAUUAUUUGCCUCAAAAAUGGUUAACUAUUCCCACAAACCAACAGUUUCAAUGUGUUCUACAGAAGUAGUACAAUCCCCUGAGCCAGGCGCUGGUACCAAGUACAAGGUUCUACUAUGUGACCUAUUUCGUAAAUUGGAGCGCACCAGCCAUCAUUUCAUUUGUUGCAUAAGACCAAACAGGAAUCAAGUUUGUGGCGUAUUCGAGGAGGACCUCGUCUUACAGCAGCUUAGAUACUCUGGAAUUUUGGAGGUUGUCAGAAUUUCAAGAUCUGGUUAUCCUACCAGAAUGAUGCAUCAAGAAUUUGCUGAAAGGUUCGGAUUCUUCCUUAAAGAAACUGGUGUAUCUCGAGAUCCGUUGAGUACAUCAAUGGCUGUUUUGCAACGAUUUAACGUCCACCCCCAUAUGUACCAUGUUGGUUAUACCAAGCUAUUUUUCCGAGCUGGGCAGAUUAGGGCAUUGGAGGAAAGGAGGAAGCAAGUUGUACAAGGCGUCCUAGCGGUUCAAAAGUACUUUCGUAGUUGCCAUUCCCGUGGCCACUUCCUUCAACUUAAGCAAGCAGCAACUACCUUACAAUCACUUAUUCGUGGCGAAAAUGCCAGAAGGAGAUGUACCGUUAAUGUGCCGAGGUUCUCAUUCGUUGUUUAUGCUUCCAGUGUUCCUAAGAAAGUUUACGAGCUGCAAGCAGUCAUACGAAUACAAUCGGCUAUACGUCGAUCGUUGGCUCGAAAGCAUUUCAAGAGCAUACGGAGCUCUUUUCGAGAAAACAGAAUGUCUAAACUGAACGCAGACAGGAGAGCUUCAGAGGACAAACUUCAAGAACAGGUUGAAUCCCUAACAACAACUGUGGGUGAGCUUCAAAAGAGGGUUGUGAUGGCAGAAGCAGCCAUGGAGAAAAAGGAAGAGGAAAAUGCUGCACUGAGGGAGAAAGUAAAGCAAUUUGAGUGUAUGCGGUCAGAAUAUGAUGCCAAGAUGAAAUCCAUGGAGGAUAUGUGGCAAAAGCAGACGGCUUCUUUGCAAAUGAGUCUUGCUGUUGCUAAAAGGACUCUUGCUGCUGCUGAAAAUGUAGCCUGUCCGCUCGGAAGAGUUGAUGUAGCUAAUUCACCGCCUCACUAUUACGAUUCUGAGGAUAUGACGUCGAUGGGAUCUCGAACUCCCGGUGGUACCACGCCUGUAAAAGCCUUUGGAAUUUCUGAGGUUGGAGCAGGGCGAGAAAUGAACGGUGCUUUAUUUGCAGUGAGCACUCUUGUAAGGGAAUUUGAACAGAGAAGAAUCGCAUUUGAUAACGAUGCGAAAGCUUUAAUUGAAUCAAAAUCAAGUCAUGCACAAACACGGUCUAAUAUGAAUCCAGAAGAAGAAUACCGUAAAAUUAAAGUCCGAUUUGAAGCAUGGAAGAAAGAGUACAAAGUAAGAUUACGGGAAAUGAAAGGAAAGGUUCAUAAAUACGGUCAUUUUGAGGUCGAUAAACUUCGUCGAAAAUGGUGGGGGAAGUUGAGCUCAAGAUCAUCAUCAUAGCAUGUCAGUUUUGGACAGUUGAAUCAGUUCAGCUCUGUGAAUGAAAGGAUAUAGCUCUUGACAACUUGUUGGUGUUGAAGCUGUACCUGAUAGAGCCGAGAAAUGUGUCGCCCGUGGGGAGGGAGUGUUCGGAUGGUUGUGCAUAGCUAAACCGUAAUAUGCUGAGGGAUUUCAGAACCAACGUCUCCGCUGCAUAAUAGUUUAGUUUGUGUAUAGUUUGUAUUGUCAUUAUAUAUAUAUAUAUUCAGUUUGAUGGUAUAGAUGUUGAUAGUUUGUAGCAGCAAAGGAAGAAUAGAAGGUGUUCAUACUGUUUGUACUUCUGGAUAGAGUGAAUGAGCUCCAUUAUUAUUUAAUGGAAAGCUUAGUUUACUGAUA